AUGGAUGAGGUUCUGAUGAAGCAAGUGGGAGCUCGGGGGAAGAAAAGAUCCUCGACGGCAGAACCAGAAGAACCCGUGCCGACUGCAAACGCUUUCUUGACAAGUCAGGAUGUGACUGCGGUCUACGAUGAGCUCAUACAAUCGGUGUCAUCCUACGUCAAGGAGUACAUGUCUCAAUAUGACCCUUCACACGACUACAAUCACAUCCAACGGGUUCACCGCUUGGCGCUGGUCAUCCUCGACAAGGAAAGCAAGCCCGAUGCAGCUGCCAAACCGCAGUACGACAAGACUCUCCUGACCCUCGGAGCCCUGCUCCAUGAUGUCGGCGACCGCAAAUACCUUCUACCCGGCCAGGACUCCACCACACUCGUCAGGGACGUGCUCCUCGAAAGGGGCUGCCCCGCCGACCUUGCAGACAAGGUGCAGGAUCUCGUCCUCCACGUAUCCUUCUCCAGCGAGAAGAAGGACCCCCAGAAGGUACUGGACAAAAUCGUCUCCAUACCGGAGCUGGCCAUCGUGCAGGACGCAGACCGGCUCGACGCGAUUGGCGCUGUGGGGAUCGCCCGCUGCUUCACCUUUGGCGGCGCAAAAAUGAGCGCUCGCGGCCUGAGCGGCUGCGUCGACCACUUCGAGGAGAAGCUGGAGCUUUUGGAGGGCAUGAUGAAGACGGGGACUGGGAGGCAGCUCGCGAGGGAGCGCACUGAGAGGCUGAAGGUCUUCAGGGGUUGGUUUCCGGACAUAGAUUUAGUCAACCCUCGACAAAUUCCGGACGAUGAACCGCCGAUACCUCGACCCACCGACGAGGAGCUUGACCUCCUCUUCCAGGAGGAGGAGCAACAUCAGAAGGUCGAAUUACAAGGCUUGAGAACUGCCGACUCAUAUUUCGCUCCCACUAAUGUCCUGCAGCGCAAGCCCUGGCCAUAA